UUUAAAACCCAACGGCACUUUUAAGAGCCAACCUCUAUCUCUUUAUUUUCUAUAUCUUACAUCCUCUCUGUUCUUAAUAUCUAUAUUUCUGUCCAUCUCUUCAAACUUUAUCUGUCUCACAUCUAUUGCUCUUUCUUUUCUCCCGGUCUGUCUUUGUCUACCUGUCUUACCCAUCUUUGUCAGUCUGUCUGUCUGUCUGUCUGUCUGUCUGUCUGUAUCUGACUGCAUUGCAAUGGCCACCAAGCAUAAACUUGAUUCAAAGGAUCCCCACUACAAAGAGGGGAGACGCAUGGCUCUGGAGCUGAAACAUGAACACAUUUUAGCUGAAGCCAAGAGAGCAGCUGAUGAGAGAAAACGUGUACGAGACCCUCCACACACCUCUAAAAGGGACUCUGUAGGACGUGGUAAGCCGAGGGGAAGGCGAGGAGGGCGACGCCAUGCCUCCGCUACAGCCACAUAUCCCACGUUUGAGUGCUCCCUUUCAUCCAGUGUUGAGGUUCCUUUUACUGCAACCUCAACUAAACUAAAUCCUCAAGAGGAAUUUGAAAAAAAUAUGGAGAGGCUCUCUGACAUUUUGGCGUCAUGUCCUUCUGCUGGUCAGCCUCAAAGUAGCUCUGCAUCAUCAUGGUCUUUUCGGCAACAGAAAGCCUCAGAGCGCUGGAAAGAAGCAAGACCAUACCACCUAAAAUGCCUUAUUUCAAAAGAGGCUGUUGGUCAUCCCCUGUGUGGCCUUUGCAACAAGCCUGCUGUUAUUAGGUGCAGAGAGUGUCUUCCUGAGGAGUGGUUCUGUGGGGACUGUGAUGUAUUGCAUCACAAAAAACAGCCACUCCACAACAGGGAAUGCGUGAUUCGUGGUUUUUUUGAAGCCAUUCCUUCAACCACAUGCAUCAUCAAAGGGGAAGCUGGAUUUUGCACCCAUGAGCAAGACAGUUACAGAUAA